AUGCCUCCUAUAACAUCCCGCCAAUCCGUUCCUUCGGGAAAGGUUGAAUUGCUUUAUGUCAAAUCCAAAGUCUACCUCCACCCCACAAAACGUGCUCAGGAUAACAUCCCCGGAUACCUCUCCAUCUCACGCCCGUCCACCAACGGCACUAAUGACGAGCUCCUUCUUUCGUUCACGCCUGAGUCGAUGCUCGUGCCUAGUGAAAAGGAAACAUUCAGCCAGGCAGAUCUCUCGCUUCAAACGCUGUCCGCCAAUGUCAGCGGCGCCAUUUACGUCCGUACGCCCCUCGUCUCGUGCUUGAGCUCGUACGCAUUUUCUCUCCCCCUCGGCAGUUUGUACCUGGUGCAGGCGCGGCCGCCACGGCUCAACUUGUGGUACGGCCUGAUGGUGCUUAACACGCUCCAUAACGUGGAUAAGUUGCCAGUUAUCUUCUUUCAUGACGACGAAUCGCCAUCAACCCAGCAGGCGCAGAGCCGCCAGAAUAAAAAGUUUGAUCCUUUUGCGAGCGGCUCUAACCUGAAAUUUCGCACCAGCGAUCUCCCCUGGGGGGGAGACGAGUUUCUCGACGUGGUAAGUCGGUACGCAGUGCUUGAGAAGUCGACGUUGGAGCGUUCGACGUUUUUGGUCAAUCCGUCGUCUGCAGACCGUCUUAACUUUAUGCCCCCGACCUCUGGUGCCUCCCUGAACAAGGACACUGCCAACACCCUUGGAAAGACCCUUAAUGGAAUGAAGUGGAAGGUCUUGGAGACGUUUGCUUCGUUGUCCACGCUUGCAAAAACCACGGUCACCGAUAUCGUGGAUGAGCGUAACUCGGCACUCCCGCUUCCUGUCAAACACAUGUUGAAGAAACCGGAAGUGGCCAGCUUGGCCAACGAUUUCGACGGCGCCCGGAUCUAUCUCGCCAAGUGGGCUAUGAGCAUCCAGGAAGAGGCACUCAAGUUGAACGACCAGUCGACGUUUAUUUUAGGCGACGGUGAGGACGACUGGGGUAUUGUGGCGACCAGACGCAAGCCAGUCACCCGUGUCGAGUGGGACUCAUUUUUCGAUUCGUCUGGGAGGUUACGGAUAACUGACCACGAGGUCCGCGAGGCGAUUUUCCAUGGUAGUAUCGAUGCUAGCGUCGACCAGGCGCUCCGCGGCGAGAUUUGGCUCUUUUUGUUGGAGGUUUAUCCGUGGGACACCUCUCUGGCCGAGCGCAGCGUUGUUUUGGAGAGCUACAAGACAUCCUAUCAAGAGCUCAAGGCUAAAUGGGAGCAGGACGAGGUGAAGCAGGAAACCGACCUUUUCAAGGAUCAGAUAUUCCGCAUCUGCAAGGAUGUAAAGAGAACGGACCGUAACUUGGUACUUUUUCAGUCACCAAAGCCAGAGAAUGGGGAGGAGUUUGACGACGAUGAUGUUUUGAACGUUCGCCACCCGCACUUGCUCCGGUUGAAGAACAUCUUGUUGACCUACAAUGAGUAUAAUUUGAACCUAGGAUACGUUCAGGGUAUGAACGACUUGCUUUCGCCGGUCUACCUUGCUCUUUACGAUUUGGUGGCGCUCACCUUCUGGAUGUUUGCCAAAUACAUGGACAUCAUGGAGCGCAACUUUCUCCGUGACCAGCUGGGGAUCAAGCAGCAGAUCGAGACACUCAACGAGUUGAUCAACUUGAUGUUGCCGCAGUUCUACCAGCACUUGAUCAAGUGCAACGCCAAUCAUCUCUUUUUCCUCUUUCGUAUGUUGCUUGUGUGGUUCAAGCGCGAGUUUCUGUUGCUCGACGACGUGCUUUCGCUCUGGGACGUGAUGUUUACCCGCUUCUACUCUUCACUGUACCAGUUGUUUAUCGUGUUGGCGCUUUUGCAGAAGCACGAGUCGAUCAUGAUGGACUACUUGACCGAGGACUAUGAGAUCUUGAAGUACGUGAACGACUUGGCGAUGAACGAGCAUGACAUUGACGAUAUUUUGAUCAGGGCCGAGAAGUUGUUCUUGAAGUUCCGCAGGGUGGUGUACCAAGCGGACCGGGGCGACGGGAAGCAGGAGUUUCUUACGGUUAGCCCUAACUUGAGAAACUUGUUGAAGCGGACUAUUAUUUUACAGAAGGAAGUCCCUAGGCCAGAGGGUGUCUUAGGGGGCUAG